CUGCUCUUGGCUUCUAGCCUUCACCAUGUGCGUUGCAUGUAGUUGUUAUGAUUGGUACGCACCCACCCACCUCUUGCUCUUGUUGAAGCUUGUAAGAAGAAGAAAUCAGGAGAAAAGACAAAAUAAAUUGAGAAAUCAAGUGUUCUUUUUCCUUUUUUUUUUCUUUUUUUUUUUCAAUUUGAUUUUCCCUUGUUCUGCAUUGAAGGCUACAGAGAUUUUUAGGAGGCCCUUCAUUUUCUCUGAUUGUGCAUAUAAGUUUUGGUUUUUCGUGGGUUUGUGUGUGAAAGUGGGUUAAUUUCCUUGACAAUCUCAAGCAGCAAUCCAUAGUGGUCUGACAUUCAUCAUUUCAGAGUUAUGCUGCGGAAUAGGUCUAGAGCAGUGACUAGCAAGCAAGCUUUCAUGGCGGAUCCCAGCCCUCAAUUAUCGUCUAAAAAAACUAAAUCUUUCUUUGGUUCUCCAAGGUUCAGAGCUUUUACCACGAAGGGUCUCUUUGAAACUGAAGUUAUGAUGAGUCCCACUACAAUUCUUGACACUAAACCAUUCUUUCCUUUUGGCAACCCCUUUGGUUUCGAUUUGAACCACACAAAAUCUCCAAGAAUUUUCUCGGAAAACAAGCAGAAUUCAGGGGAAAAUUUAGACCCAAAAUGGGUCGGGGUCGGGGUCGGGGUCGGGGUCGGUCUUGCUCUGAUUCACAAUCCGGUUGAGGAAAACUAUUCUUCUGAGCAGAGUAAGAAAAUGGUUCUGUUUGGAGCCAAACUCAGAGUCCAAAUUCCUCCGUUGUCCCCAACGGAAUCUCUGAAAUCCCCGAUGGAAUUCGGAAUCAAGACCAGGGAUUCACAGUCCCAUCCGAACUCCGGUACCCCAACAAAAUAUUCUCCCCGGACUUUAACCGGAAGUGUUCCAGUGAGCGAGAUGGAGCUCUCGGAAGAUUAUACAUGCGUGAUAUUACACGGGCCUAAUCCAAAAACCACCCACAUAUUCGACAACUGCAUUGUAGACAGCUACCAUGUUGUUCCUCCGGCAACGUCAAUGCUUCUUCCACCGGAGAGCUUCCUCAGUUCUUGUUAUACGUGCAAGAGGAGUCUUGAGCACAAAAAUGAUAUUUACAUUUACAGAGGAGAGAAAGCAUUCUGCAGCCAGGAGUGCAGAUACCAGGAAAUGGUUUCAGAUGGACUGGAGAAAUAAUUAAGAAAUGGGUAAUUGAAAAAUGCUUAGAGGAUUUCCUGUCUCAGAAUGAUUGAAUCCAGGAACCAAAGAUUGGCAGAAUUUUUUGUGUUCUUCCCUUUUCUCUUCUUCCAUUUUACUUUAGUUGAGUUACUAAUUUCUUUUUCUUCCUCUCCAUUGUAGGUAGAGAUAAGAGAGGAUUGAGAAAUUGUAGACUUUGGAAUUGUUUGUUUUUGGCCAGUGUUUGGUCCUUUUCUUUCAUUAGGUGAUGAUGCAUGAUUAAAAAAUUUGGGUUUUUCUUUUAUUAAUUUCUUGUGUAAAUGGUCAUGGAAGUAAUUAUGAUAUUAGGAGAACCAAUAAUUUGGUUUUUGCCAUAACACGAUCAUUUAAAUCCACAAUAACAUGAUUUCAAUAAACUUAAGCAUCAUAACACAAAAUAUUGUCAUAAAUACCCAAAUAAACACCAUGAAAACAUUCUGUACUCUGAACAUUAACACUCUGAACAUUAACACAACACUAUCAAAAUGAAACAAACUUAAGUUGAGACUGGAUAACCGACUACUUGAAUGGACUAGGAAAACACACUGAGAACACGCAUUUCUGAGACAAAUGUGACGUUAAACAGAAUCCGAAGGCCGUUUCCUACAAGACUUGCUACAAUGACUACAUCAAACACGAACAGAUCUACUUUAAGUCCUGAGAUGCUUCUAGAUUUUACCAGUAGCUCCCUGAAGCAGGAUAUAAGAAAACAUUAGAACACUU